UGGUAAGGCUGAGAUUGCUGGAGUGGACCUUUGUAGGCAUCUCUGGCAUGAUGAGCUGGGGCAGGAAGUGGACAGCAGCAGUGGGAGAUCAGUGGAGAAACAUGAGAGUCCUUCUGCUUGUGGGAGUUGCUCUACUUAUCACCUUGGCCUUUGCCGAUCACCGUAAGGGUCAUCGUAAACAAGACAAAGAUGAUCAUGAUGACAAAGACAGCCAUGACCACAGGGAUCACCAUAAUCGCAAACAUGGCCAUCACAAGAAGGGGGAACACCGUGGGGAACACCGUGGGGAACACCGUGACAAAAAGCGCCACCAUCACCAUAAUGAGUCCUUGCCCUGCCACAAGAUAGCUGAUUACAAUUCAAAAUUCUCCUUUGACCUGUUUCGGCAGCUAGCUCUAGAUUAUCCUUCUGAGAACAUUGUCUUCUCCCCUGUCAGUAUUUCUACUGCAUUUGCUUUCCUGUCCCUUGGUGCUAAGGCUCAGACCCACUCACAAAUCAUUGAAGGACUCCGUUUUAACAGCUCUGAGAUCUCAGAACAAGAAAUUCAUGAAGGUUUCCAUCAUCUUCUGCAUCUCCUGAAUGAUGUGGACAGGGAGCUGCAGCUCAGCGGUGGGAAUGCUCUCUUCAUUUCCAAGGAACGCAAUAUUCUCCAGACGUUCUUAGAUGAAGCCAAGAAGCUCUACCACUCAGAGGCGUUUUCUACUGAUUUUAAAAACACAGAAGAAGCAAAGAAUCAGAUUAACAGUUAUGUGGAGAAAAAAACCAAUGGCAAGAUUGCUGAGCUGCUGGACAGUGUAGACCAGGAUGCCAUUUUUGUCCUUAUCAACUACAUUUAUUUCAGAGGAAAAUGGGAAAAUCCAUUUGAAGAGGAAUGGACAAAAGAGGGAGAUUUUCACGUCAACGAGAACACAACGGUGAAGGUGCCUUUCAUGAGCAGAACAGGAAUGUACAAUGCGGCCUUCACUGAUGAGGCCACCGUGGUCUCCAUACCGUAUAAAGGAAACGCUGCUGCUUUAUUCGUCCUGCCAAAUGAGGGGAAAUUGUCAGAAGUAGAACAAAAUUUUAACAAAGAAUCAAUUAAAACGUGGAAGAAAUCAUUUCAUAGACGGUUGGUGGACUUAUACCUCCCCAAAUUCUCCGUCUCCGGCACUGUCAACCUGAAAGAAACAUUAAGCAAGUUGGGCAUAGAAGACGUUUUCUCAGACAGCGCUGAUCUUUCUGGUAUCACUGGAGAACCCAACGCAAAGAUUUCUAAGGCUAUCCAUAAGGCCGUACUUAGUGUUGAUGAGAGGGGGACAGAAGCGGCAGCCACCACCGCACUGGAGGCAAUCCCCAUGAUGCUUCCUCCUCGUAUUACAUUUAAUCGUCCUUUCCUUAUCUCAGUGUAUGACUACAAAUCUCAAAGCGUUCUCUUCACCGGAAGAAUUGCCAACCCACAGGAAUGAUUCUCUCCUAAACUUUUCUUUAAUAAAAUAUUACAAU